AAAGUCUCUACAUGCCACCAAAAAUAGUAGCUCCACCGAUUUCUAUCUGACUCGCUUCAACCUCUCUCUCUCUCUCUGUGAAAGAAGCAGAAGCAUACAGUCACCGCCUCUCUCUAUAAAUUCGAGCAGAAGCUCCCCAUUAAUCACCACUAACCUUCUCAAUCACCCUCCCCUCUCUCUCUCUCUCUCUCUCUCUCUCUCCCCCCCUCUCUCUCUCUCUGUGUAAAGAAAGCAGAAGCACAGUCACCUCUCUCUAAAUUGGAAGCCGAAGCCCACUCACCUUUAGGCAAUCACCCUUCCCUCUCCCUCUCCCUCCGACCCCUCCAGAUGAUACCACAUGGCUUCACUUUUGGUGUUCAUAACCUUCUUGUUGCUCCGGCUCUGCACUGUCCAAGCAGUGGUUCUAACGCUGCGGCCUGCAGUCUCCCCCAUUUAUCCGGUCGACUUACGCCAGGUUCGCCUACGGGAUCACGUAAAUAUCGCCAUUUUAAAAUCUGUAACUACCGGUAUUGGAGCAGGGAGACAAAUCUAUGAAGUCCCCAGUUUCAUCAGCAUGGCCAACGCAUUUCCUCCAGUCAGUUUAAAUUUUCCCGGUGGUGUGUCCAUGUUGCUGAAACCGCAAGAGUAUCUUCUGAACACCAGCUUUUUUAAUGGUGUUACUACUUGGGAGACUGCAUUUCAGAAAUCUCAGGGACCGGUCACAAUCUUUGGAGAUAUUAUUCUCAAAGAUAAGAUAAUCGAAUACGAUUUAGCACGACAGCGCUUGGGAUGGCCAACCCGAGAUCGUUCCUUGCCUAUGGAUGGAUGUGAACGUAAGUUUUGGCAAAAAUGAAGGCAGUAACUUGUUAAGGAACGGAUGUACCAACUUGCUAGUUGGAUUACUGGAGGUGCAAUUGUAUUGGAUUUUAUGUAAAUAAACCUCAAAAGUUAUAAAACUUCCACUUUCUGUUGUUGAAUCUGUCUGUCUGCCUCUGCCCACUUCUGCUAAUAAUACUCAUAUACUGUCGAUCUUAUUAACCAAAAUAAACUGAAUUAGUUGGAAUCAGGUGGGACUUAUCUUCAAAACAGUUAGAGGUAGUUGGAGUUAAGUGUAAAGGGUCAAAAUGUAAAACUGUGCAACAUAGUCUCUAUAUAAGUAUAGUCUUAGAGACUUAGAGACUGAAGAUGUAAUAUUUCCUUUUACUCAGAAUAUAUGAUUGAAAGCUCUCUCUCCUCUUCUUCGA